AAUUUCUACAGAAAUUUACUGGUCGGGGUUUGAUUUGGGCAGCUGUUUUCCGUUCGCGUUAUUUGAAGAACUGGGCGGAAUCCUCGAUUUCCUGCAAUUCGAUCGAUCUUCAUCGUCGUCCUCGUCUGAGACGAUAUCAGAGCUCAAGAAGCGACGAUGCCGAAGAAGAUGGGCGUAAACAGCAAAGCUGAGGCGGCGAGAGCACGCAAGAACUCCGCUGAGACCGAUCGCAAGGAGCGGGAGACUCGGGAGAAGGCGGAUCAGUACUGGCGUGAAGCUGAGGGUCCCAAGUCCCGUGCUGCAAAGAAGCGAGAGGAUGAAUCUGAGAAGCGUGCUGAGGCCGCUGCUCGCAAGGCGGAGGCACGCCGCUUGGCCGAACAGGAGGAGAAGGAAUUGGAGAAAGCCAUGAAGAAGCCUGACAAGAAGGCGAAUAGGGUUUCGAUUCCGGUCCCCAAGGUGACCGAAGUUCAAUUGAGGAAGAACAAAGAGGUGGAGCAAGCGGAGCUUCAGAGGAAGGCCGAGGAGGCUAAGAAAAAGCUGAGCCGGACGGCGGAGGAGGAGGAGUAUGAGAGGAUGGUGCUGGUGAGCAAUACCAAUCGGGACGAUUCUAUUAUUGAGGCCAGGACGGUAGAAGACGCGAUUUCUCAGAUAUCUGUUGCGGAUAAUUUACCCGUGGAUAGGCAUCCAGAGCGACGGCUCAAGGCCUCAUUUAAGGCUUUUGAAGAAGCUGAGCUCCCCAGGCUGAAGGAAGAGAAACCUGGUCUUACUCACAAUCAGUACAAGGACAUGAUAUGGAAGCUAUGGAAGAAGUCUCCUGACAACCCUCUUAAUCAGGUUGCAGCAGAGUGAUUGGAUCCAUGUCCUUCAACAGGGGGCAGGCUGGACUAUCCCUUGAGUUUUAAGUCUAUUUGCUAAACUUCUGUCAUAGUUCAUAAUCUGACCAAUUCCUUUUCAGUUCAGUUGUAUCCUGGAAUGUUUAGAUUGCUAAUGGGUCUUCGCAUACUAUGGCAUGGGUCUCUCGUAAAUGCAUAUAAAUAGAUUUGGGUCCUGUGUUGUACAAUAAGAAUCAAUAUUAUGACC